AUGACACUCCUAAAAAAGAACAAGUGUUGACUUCAAGCAAAGACAGUCGCUUGAUGACGGCCGCCAUUUUCUAUAGACAGACAAGAGUUUUAACAUGGAAACUUUUCACGUUAAAACCUAAAAUCACCUUUUUAUACCAACUUUAGGAGAGGGCCUUGCUUUACGAGGGCGGCCAUUUUGUGCCGCCCUUUGGCAAAGCCAGAUUCAGCCAGAUUAACGUGUUUUUUUAUGGUAUAAUCAAUGUUGACAGACUUCAGAGUGGCCAGGCAUGGACAGACGUGGACAGGCGUGAGCAGCGACCGCUUCCAACGAUGUUUGGAUAUGAAACGCGAGAAAUAUGACGGAAGAGUUAAAUAAAACACAGGAAAUAAAAGAAACAGGCAGUUUAAAUGGUUUUAAACCAGUUUAAAAUGUGGAUGUCUUCCUCCUCGUGUCUCAGUGGACCUGUCUUCUCCCUGCAGGAGCCAGAGGGCGAUGUGGAGCCACAGGUUGACUCACACUCACUGAUUCAAACUCCAGUCUCGAGAGCCGAGUGUCGGAAGAGGAGCAGCAGCCGCAGCCGCUUCCCUGGCAGAGAGAGAACAAACCAUUCAACAACGUCGAAAGUUGCCUACUUCAAGAGGAAAUAUGCGGAGGAGGAGGAUUUACACGGAGGCCUACGUGGAUAUUUUCAAAGACACCUGAUCCUGCAGGAGGAGCGCAGCUGCAUCCUGAAGCUGUCCCUGGAGAAGCUGAGGUUCCUGGACGACCCCGAGGCCUACCUGCGACGCUCCGUCCUCAUCAACAACCUGCUGAGGAAGAUCCACCAUGAGGAGGAAGAGAUUGGGGCUGAGGAGGAGGAGGAGGAAGAAGAGGAUGAGGAGGAGGUAGAAGAAGAAGAAGUGGGGGAGGAAGGAGAGAGCGGGCAAUGGAGGCUGAUGUACCCGGACAGGAAGAGAGUGAAGGUGCUGGUGACGGACUGCUGCUCUCCUGCGUUUGGUCUGGAGGAGCUGCAGCGUUACCGGCUGCUGCCGUGCUACCCUGCUGCUGCUGCUGGAUGUCUGUACAGCCUGAGCUCCUGCCCGAGGAACCACCAGGUCCUUCUCUACGACCUGGACGACCACGGCUGACUCCCGCCUGCCCCGCCUGUGUUCUCAGAGCUGGGAGAGAGGCAUCAUCUCUCCUCAGUUACCACCACAGACCUGUGGAGCUCGCGUUUGUUCACGCGUCAGCGGGACGACGUCGCCCCCCUCUGGUCGACCGACUGAAACGCAGCAGCGAAUGUGAGAGGCCGAGAAAAAAAAGGAAAAAAAAAAAAAAGAGGAACCCCUGAUUGUUGUUGUGCGUCAGGAUGGACAGGGCGUCUGAUGCUGAUGUCAAACUCUGCCGCAGCAGCUUCACUGCCAUUCUAAAGGGAUCGUCUUGGAUUUUUGAAGUGUUUGCAUGAAGUAUUUAAACAUGGCUGAUUUUUGUCACUUCACUCAAGGCUUACCUUUUUUUUCUCCCCCAAUUGUGCCUGACAGCAGCAGCCAUGUCGACCAUGGUCUAAAACCUCAUCUAACCACACUUCAAAAACCCAGAACUGUCCCUUUAACGUUCCCUCAUGUGAGAGACUCGGAGCAGAAAUGUCUAUUUUCUAUUUUUUUGCUGUUGCUGUCGUGCUUUUAUUGUACGUGUUGCUCAUGUGAGCGGUGAGCAUAUUCAGGGAUUUCUCAGUGACACAUGAGCCUCUGCGUGGAGAAUAUGUGCUGAAAUGCUUUGUGUCACCUUUGAAAAAGUGACUUUACGUCGUGUGCUUUACGGAAAAACUUUCUUUUAUGUAACAUUCACUGGACUCUGUGGACCCCCC